AUGUUUAUUGACAAGUCUCCAGAUCUUCGUCCACCGGAUUACGAGUCGAGUGAACACCUUCUCGCUGAGGAAGAGGGGAUCUUGUGGACAGAGGACGACGAUUCUGACGUCUACGUCUCAAUUACGACCAUUCUUCUUCAAUUGACAGCUUUGGCUAUAGUUUUCCUAAUCGGAGCUUUAUUCGGGUUCUUCUGGCGAGCUGAUUUGGAUGGUCUAUGUGGGAGGCAUGUUUCUCGAUAUUCCCCUAUUGUGAAAGAUCUUGAUGUUAAAUACAAUCUGGAAUCAUUCAAUGGAUCUCUUCUGAAAGAAUCCAUAUUUCGACAAGAUGCAAGCCCGGAAGUCGAUGCAGCCUGGGAUUCUCUGGGUGUCAACUAUCGUGGUAUUCGCGUUCCCGCCGCAGAUGCAGAGGAGUCUGGUCUUGCAGUUGAUCAGGUUAGAAUUAAGGAUAAAUAUGGCGGGGGCUUUCCAGCGGAAGUAGAAGGCUUCCACCAUUUACAUUGCCUGAACGUUCUUCGCCAAUCACUCUACUAUAACUAUGAUUAUUAUCAUAGCAUGGGUGAGGGUGUGCUCGGCAACAACACCUACAUCGCACGGCGCCAGGUUUCUUACUGUCUUGAUAUUAUUCGGCAACAACUUAUGUGUACCGUCGACACCGGUGUGGUCGGCCAGGUCUGGAUCUACCCGGAAAACCCAGAGCCCUAUCUAGAUUUCGAAACACAUCACAAAUGCAAAAAUUUCGAAGAUAUCCGUCAAUGGGUGGAGAAGAAUCAAUUGCCUGAGAAGCCUCCCUGGGAUUUCUUGGUGCACCCUGGUCCCGGUGAUCGGCUCUACAAAGAAAUGUCCUGA